AUGCUCGUCAAGGCUAAGCGCGGUUACGUGGAGAGAGAGCGCAUCGCAGAUCCAGAAGGCGUUCUCACCUCCCGAUUCGAUCUCAAGCCGGGAAUGCAAAAAAAGGAGGGAGGCGAACGCUCGAGAAGGAAAACGGGCGAGUCGACUGCUGAGCGAGAAAACGAAAAAUCGACUCAGCCGGGCCGAUCCGGAUUGCACAAAGUGCCACAGCAGAGCGCAGUCGGACAGUCGACCUCCACUCUGUGCUCGUCGAGCCAGGAAGAAGACGCAAAGCUGCCAGAAGUGUUCAAAGCAAGCGAGGCGAGUUUGACCCUGGAUCGAUUCCAUCCGUCCCUCCAUCCGACGACACCUACAUCUCGCCACCGCACCUCUACGCUCAACAUGCUUUCCGGUCACACUCUUGUCCGAUCUGCAGGUCGAACCCUGCAGCGCUCUGCACGCAACCUCCGACCCGCCGCGCGCGGUGUUGCCACCGAGGCUUCGGCUGGUCCCUCGCGCUCGUCCGCAUGGUCGAGCCCCACUCUCGGUGCUGCGGCUGCGGCAAUCAGCAUCGGUGCUGCUGUCUACACGCUGCGUCCGUCGCCUAUCCAGUGCGAGCCUCGCAAGGCAUGGUCGGACCGCAUGAAGCCCAAGAAGUCCAAGGGUGAUGCUGCACUCCACGACGACGCCCACGCCCGACACGCGCCUGCUGCUGCCCACGACGAGCACGUCGAACCUGCCGAGGAGACGCCCGUCGCCAUCGAGGUGGCCGUCGAGGAGUCCGAGGAGCAGACGGGUCAGCAGUCCGCAUACGACCCCGAAACCGGCGAGAUCAACUGGGACUGCCCGUGCCUCGGCGGCAUGGCACACGGCCCCUGCGGCGAACAGUUCAAGGCGGCCUUCUCGUGCUUUGUCUACUCCGAGGCGGAGCCCAAGGGAAUCGACUGCGUCGAAAAGUUCAAGGCCAUGCAGGACUGCUUCCGCGAACACCCGGACGUGUACAAGGACGAGAUCGAGGACGAUGAGGCCGCCAACGCCCAGUUCGACAAGGACGAGGCCGAGGCUGCACAGCAGUCGGCACAGACGGACGCCAAGAACGACGACAAGGUUUCUGACGCCAAGGACGCGCAAAAGCACGACAAGGACGACAAACAUCCGCACCCCGUUCAGCUCGAGCUCUUUGCGCUCUCGCUUUUGCUUUGCCACCGAUGCUCGACGCAGCCAUUCAGCGCUGCAUAUCUGUCGCUGAAUCCCUCGACCAGUGGUGCUUCGCUUUCAUAUCCAUGGUUAACCAGCAUCUUAGCGGCGUUCACCGUAAAGUUAGCUGGCAGUUUCUAUCUUGAGCUCCGAUCUCUUGUGUCUCAGCCGCCGCUUCAAGUUUCCGAACCGCAGGUCUGCCCAUCUCCUCCCACCCGGACUUCCGACACUGAAGUCGAGCCACUGCCGGAAUACGAUCAAGUGGAACCGGGACCGCCCGGGUACGAAGAACUCUUCUACCUAGACCGCGAUGCAGAACUCUGGCCUUUGCGAGCCGCCAUGAUCCGCGACGAGCUGCUUGGCAAUGACUCGGUGGCGAGCGACACCGAGCCGCUCUCCGACUCCUCGACCAGCAAGAGCGAAGGCGAAACACAGAGUCGCACCACCAAGACCAUGGACAGCAGCUUCAGCGAGGCCGAUCUGGAGGACAGGCUCAGCUGCUCCGGUAUCGCCCAUUCGCUCCGACACAUUGCGCUCGCUUUCGAUGAGAAGAGUCGAGAGCUUGACAGCCUUCGAGCCAUCCAGCAGCGUCAUGACGAGGAGCUCGCCAUUCUUCAGGACAAACUCAAGACGGCUGAACAAGAGCAAACAGCGCGCACACUGGAGCUGCAGCUCUCGAACUCGUCUCGCGAGGACGUGGAGCGCGAGAUCGACGCACUCAAGCAGAGACUCGAAGAGAAGGACGCGCUGCUCUUCGUCUCGGACCGCGUGCUUCACCGGCUGUUCAACAUGAUCCGCGUGAUCAAGACGCAGGUGGACGAGGCCGAGUCGCUCUCCCCUGCUGUGCGCACCUCCGACGAGGAAGCGGAGAGUGACAUGGAAACAGCCGAAGACUCGGACGAAGACGAGGUGUCGAAGAUCGAAGCCCAGGUUCCGACGCUCAAAAGUCAGGCAGAGGAGGAGAUCGACAAGAUUGUGCGAGACAUCGCAGAGAGGUACGGCAAGACCACCUUGGACGAAGAAGCGUAG